UUUCAUUCCCCGUCCAAAAGAAGCAGGAAUAUGGAAAAAGUGAGGAGAGCAGUGAAUGAGAUAGCUUACGCUCGCAACCCUCGUAAGCUCUGUCGUCUUCACCGCUCUCUCAUCCCUCUCCUUUCCAUUGCCUCCUCUCUCUACAAACUCGCUCUCUCACUUCGCCACUCUCUCUACCGACACGGCUUCUUCCCAGUCCACCGUUUGCCAGUUGCUGUUGUUAGCGUUGGGAAUUUGAGCUGGGGAGGAAAUGGGAAGACGCCCAUGGUUGAGUUUAUAGCUCGCUGGUUGUGUCAUUUUGGAAUUUCACCUCUCAUUCUUUCAAGGGGUUAUGCAGGUGGUGAUGAAGUCAACAUGCUUCGUAGGCAUUUACUUUGGACACCAACUAAGUUUGGUGUUGGCGCAAAUCGAGCUGCUGUUGCAAGUCAAUUCAUCCAAAGAUAUGGCUAUGUUGAUACCAGAGAGAGUUCAUGGUAUAGGAAACAGCAGCUGGGUCAUGAGUUGAAUGUUUCUGUUGAUUCAGAAAAUAUUGGUGCUGUAGUUCUUGAUGAUGCAAUGCAGGUAAUGCCAACUAUUGCACCCACCAAAGAACGAUAUAGAAAAGUAAUUUCCUUUGCAACCUUUUUUUUGUUUAUUGAGCACUGGAGUUUGUGGCGUGAUUUGGAUAUUGUAAUGGUUAAUGGAUUGACUCUUUGGGGCAACCUUCAGCUUUUGCCACUUGGACCUUUGAGGGAACCCUUGACUGCACUUAAACGAGCAGAUGCAGUUGUAAUCCAUCAUGCAGACCUGGUGUCUGAGAAUAUUCUCAAGGAUAUUGAGUCAACAAUCCGAGGAAUCAAAGAGUCGAUUCCACUUUUCUUCUCAAAAAUGGAUCCAACUUACUUAUUUGAGGUGGGUAAUACCAAUGCCAAUAUACCGUUGACAGCUCUCCAUAAAGCUACUAUAUUAUGUGUUUCGGCUAUUGGUUCCGCAGAAUCUUUUGUGAAGAAAAUUCAGAAGAUGGGUGCAUGUUAUGUUGAUCGAGUAGAUUUCAGUGAUCAUCAUGCAUUCCAUGUCAAGGAUAUUGAGUUGAUCAGAGCCAAGCUAAAAGAAUUAGAGGGCAAGUUUGGUUCCAAGCCCAUAGUUGUUAUUACUGAAAAGGAUUAUGAUAGGGACCCGGAGAUUCUCAAACAGCUGUAUCCAUUUAAAACUUUUGUUGUGUGUUCUACAUUGAUGGUUAUGUCCUAUAAAGGAAGUACAGAGGAUAGCUUUAAGAAUUUUCUAAAGGACCACUUGAGAUUAAAAUUUCCUGCAGAAAAUUAGUCUUAGGUUGUUGUAAGCUCUGCUUUUCAUGCAUGCAUAUGGUUAACUAUCCCAGUAUCAUUUGAUAGGCCCUCUCUUUUGCAGCCAUGUUACUGGUCCCCGAAAUUAGUACAUUGAUUAUGAGUAAUGUUAGUUCUACAUAAUAUUUUUUGAAA